AUGUCAGGGAACACGGCAGAGAGCUUUCUUAUUCCCUUCCUGGGUGCCUUCCAGGCCUCUUUAUCAGUUAUUCUCACCAUCGCUGCCGGUGUCAUUGCUGCCCAGUAUGGCCUCCUCGAUGGAGACAGUAGCAAGAAGAUUUCGACCUUUUGCGUCCGUAUGGCCUUGCCAGCACUCUUGAUCACAAACGUUGGAUCUCAACUUGACCUCGACACUGGGCUAAGAUAUGUCCCCAUUGUAUUGUGGGCCAUCUUCUACACCAUCGUCUCUAUCGGCAUCGGCCUCUUCCUGAAUAAGGUCCUGGGCAUGCCUGACUGGGUCACACCGGCUAUUGCCUUCAACAACACUACCAGUCUGCCCCUUUUGCUGGUCCAGUCAUUAGAUGCCACUGGCAUUCUCAGUUCCAUCGAUGACAGCUCCGGAGUUGUUGCCAAGGCGAAGAGCUACUUCUUGGUGAAUGCCAUGAUUGGCAACUCUCUGACAUUCGCUCUGGGUCCCAAGCUGCUCAACGGCCAGGAGGAAGAGGCACCCGACAAUGAAGAUGACGACUAUGAGAGCGAAGACGAAGAUGAUGUCGAGUCUCAGGAACAGGAUGCCAUAGAGAGGAACGAGCGGACGUCACUUCUGCCUCGCAGUGUAGCCGCCAAGCGCACACGUGCCCAACACCGUACCCUGCGCAAGGGUCGGCGCUAUUGGUCUUCCCUAUCACCUAGAUCACAGAGCAUCCUCGACUUCUUGUACAGCUUCAUCAACGCCCCGGUCAUUGGCGCUCUCCUCGGUGCCCUCGUUGGACUUGUGCCCGCGUUGCACCGUCUGUUUUUCAACGAACCGGAAGAAGGCGGCUACUUCAACGCCUGGUUGACUUCGGCCAUCAAGAAUGUCGGUGACCUCUUCGCCGUGCUCCAGGUUAUCGUCGUUGGCGUCAAGCUCUCCAAGGCGUUGUUGGAGUUCAAGAACGGAUCCGAGUCGAAGGAGAGCAAGAUUCCCAUGGUACCAUUCCUGGCUGUGACGGCGGUAAGAUUCGUCUUGUGGCCCAUUAUCUCGAUCGGCAUCAUCUAUGUGCUCGCCAGCAAGACAACUGUGCUGUCCAACGACGCACUUCUGUGGUUCUGUAUGAUGCUCAUGCCCACGGGUCCACCGGCGAUGAAGUUGUCUGCGCUGGCGGACUGCGAAGGGUCUGAUGAGUCACAAAAGAUGUUGAUUGCCAAAUUCUUGACUAUGUCCUACAUCAUUUCGCCGUUGAUCUGCUUCACCGUUGUAGGCGCUCUGAAGGCGAGCGAAGCCGCUGUCGGUAGCUGA